AUGAAAUUUGAAAAAUUUAAAUCUAGAACAUUACAGUCAAAAUGGACAAAAUUAUUUGUUCUUACUUCAGUUUUGCAACUUAUUAUCAUUGUAGCAUUGGAGGGGCGCGUGCUUCAGCGAAACAGUAGUUUUCGAUACAAAAUACAGAGUCAAAUUAGUCAAUUUAAUAGUACAACCACCAACACAACAAACACCAACUCAACUUGUAAUCUCGAUCCUUCAUCUGAAAGAAUGUAUAAUAUUGAGUCGGAAAAUGUAGUUUUUAUGGUUUUUCAACUCUUUCAGCUAUUUCUAUGCAUGAACGCGGUAUAUAAUCAGAAUACGAUCCAAAUUAUUACAAUUGCAGUUACAAACUUUCUUUGUGGACUUUACGGCAUUGUCCAAAUUUUUGAGAUCAAAAAAUGGGUUUCAGAUUUACAAAUCAAAAACUGUCCUGACAAUAGUGCAUUUACAACCCAAUUCGCGAAACAGUAUGGGUCAUAUGAUAUACCUCUUGUUAUCUUCUUAGUUAUUUUUGCGUCAAUUAUCGCAUUCAUCAGUUUUAAACUGUACCAAGAAUUUGGCUGGAAUAUUUAUAAGAAAAUUGGCGCUGAUAUUCAAAUGCAAAAAAUAUUUAAAACGAUGCUUAUUUUUGUAUUGUUGCUCAAAAUUGAUCUUUUCUUUGUUCUUCUAACCGGUGUUGAGGCUAUUGCAACUUUACAUUAUGACAAAGACCCCAAAAAACAAGAUGCUAGCCUUUCCCUUUCUAAAGGCCUAUUUUAUUUUCAUUUGGUUAUAACAAUAAUGAUUCUUUUCUUAGAAGUGCUUGCUUAUAGCUCGCUAAGGAGAGAGAACAAGCCAGGAAUGAUCCUGUACAUCGUCUUAUCCACCGUUACCAUUGCCGACUUUUGUAUUAUUUUGAGGUCUUCGUUAAAAGCAAUUGAUCAAGCCUGGUACUUCUUUGUAGUAAUCGUUUUGAUUGCAGUUAUAUUAUCUAUUGUCACGUGGGUAUUUGCAAUAUUAGUAUAUUUAAACUUUGAUAAAGGCUUAAGACCUCUUCUUGAUAAACGAAGAGGUGAUUCGGAAAUAGGUGAUACUACCCCAGGUGAAGGUGGAAGGGAAAAAAUCGUUCUUGAUUAG